CCAAUAUUUAGGGUGCAAUCUUUCUCAUGCGCAUACCUUCUAUAAGCCUUUUCAUCUAGUUCUUGACAGUGAGUAAACAAUUUGAGCUGGUUUGUUUUUUCUCCGAAAUUCCAGCAAAACAAUACCUGAGAGCGUUAGAGUCGCCUCAGUUUAGCAACCGAGUUCUCAUUUGUCCUCAUUGGUGGAACUAAUUUUGGCAUAAAAAUGGAGCAUUCUCGUGUUUCUAUAUUUAUAUUCUGCAUGUCUUUUGUUUGUUUCUUCCUUUCCACCCAAGCUAGAUGGCAUUAUCACCAUACAAAACACAAGCAUACUCACCAUCACAAUAUAUCUGAAAUUUCAGCACCCCCUAUUACUGCACCUGAGCCUUCCAGUCCUCUUGCACCAGAGCCUUCCAGUUCACUUGCACCCAAGCCUUCCAUUCCAUCUGAUGAUGGGAAUGCUACUGGUGUUUUCGAUGUAAGAAAAUUUGGAGCUGUAGGGGAUGGUGUAACAGAUGACACAGAAGCAUUCAAGAUGGCAUGGGACUCUGCUUGUCGAGUUAAUUCAGCAGUCCUGCAUGUUCCCUAUGGUUUUUCCUUCAUGAUUCAGUCCACAAUUUUUUUAGGUCCUUGUCAAGGUGGAUUAGUGUUUCAGGUUGAUGGUACACUUAUGCCUCCUGAUGGACCAGACGCGUGGCCAGAGAACACCAGCAAGCGCCAGUGGCUGGUCUUUUAUAGGAUAAAUGGAAUGUCCCUGCAAGGAGGUGGUCUCAUCGAUGGUAGAGGACAGAAAUGGUGGGAUCUUCCUUGCAAGCCCCACAAGGGCAAAAAUAGAACAGCAUUGCCUGGACCAUGUGAUAGCCCAAUUGUAAGUCGUCAGACUUCAUUCAUAUAUUUUGUGUUUUCCCCCCCCGAGAUAACACAAAGAAUUGACAUCUUAAAAUUAAUGAUGCAGGCUUUAAGGUUUUUCAUGAGCUCCAACUUGACUGUGAAAGGACUUAAAAUUAAGGAUAGUCCCAAGUUCCACUUCAGAUUUGACGGUUGCCAGAAUGUCCAUGUAGAAUCCCUUCACAUAACUGCUCCUGCCCUGAGUCCCAACACUGAUGGGAUCCACAUAGAGAACACAAAUGGUGUUGAAAUAUAUAAUUCAGUUAUCUCUAACGGUGAUGAUUGCAUAUCCAUCGGAUCAGGAUGUCAUGAUGUGGAUAUAAAGAACCUAACUUGCGGACCUGGUCAUGGAAUCAGCAUUGGGAGUCUAGGCAAUCACAAUUCACGAGCCUGCGUCUCCAACGUCACAGUUCGAGACUCAGUGAUUAAGGUAUCAGAUAAUGGGGUUAGGAUCAAGACGUGGCAAGGUGGAUCUGGAGCUGUAUCAGGAAUAACAUUCAGCAACAUUCACAUGGAAGCUGUCAGGAAUCCGAUUAUAAUUGAUCAAUUCUACUGCCUCACAAAGGGCUGCACAAACCAAACAUCAGCUGUUUAUGUGUCAGAUAUACUCUAUGAAAGCAUCAAGGGAACCUAUGAUAUCCGAAGCCCUCCAAUGCAUUUUGCCUGCAGUGAUUCAGUUCCAUGUACAAACAUCACGCUGUCUGAUAUUGAGCUUCUACCUGCUCAAGGAGAUAUCGUUUUGGACCCUUUUUGUUGGAAUGCUUAUGGUGACUUAGAAACGCUAACGAUCCCACCAGUGUCCUGCUUAAUGGCGGGCAUUCCUCGAUCCAUCCUGGAUAAUAAGGAUAUGGGUUAUUGCUAAUGUUUUAGAUUUUUUCUGUAAAUCAGUUUCGAUACAUACGUAUAUAAUUGGAAGGAAAGUCAUGGAUGUACGGGAUUCUAUUUCUAAUCAUGUAAUCAUUCUGAAGAUGUUUAUAUUAAUCUUCUCUCCCAA